AUGGACCCUGCCAAAGAGGAGGUGUUUUCGGACCCAGAGGAGACAUCAGAUCAAAGCCAAGACCAGGACUCUGCGGAGGAAGAGGAUGAAGAUGGCCAAACCUUUAACACCUGGAUGCAGCGCUGCAGAGGAGAGACCACAGAGGAUGAACCUGUUCAGGAAGUGAUUGUGCAAAGAGGAAGUACAACUGGUCUGGACCCUCCCCCUCCACAAAUGGGCCGCCGGGCCUCCCUCCCCUGUCCGUCCACUCUCUCCUCCAUGACUCUGUCUCGGCUCCAUGUCUCAACUGCGGCUCCAGUAACGGCGAAACUCCUCUUGCGCCGCUCAUCUUCUCGUCGUUUGCUGCCAUCACCACAGGAAGUCCCGCCCCCUCCAGGAGAGAGAGAGAGGAGGAGUUCGCUAGCCCUGAUUCACGCCCCGCCUACCAUCCAAGAGAGACCUGCCCCCCUCGACCGGGUAUCAAUCCCUCAACCCAAACAAAGUUCCGAGAGACCCAGCCUCCUGGAGAGGAGAGGUCACUUUAGGAGGAGGAACGUCAUGUCUCUGAGCGAUGCAGACAGUGUGUGUUUGAUCUGCCACAACGACCUCAAACACGGAACGGGAACCAGAGAACUGCAGUGUGCACACAGCUUCCACAAGGAGUGUAUAGAGGAGUACCUGUGGAGGAAACGGCAGUGUCCCACGUGUCAUGUUCAGGUGUCUCUGCCUCAGAAUCUGCUCUGGACCUCCACCCUCAAAGUACCCUAAACCCCAUGUCCCACAAUGCACCAAGAGCCAAACAUCUACAGCUUCCAGCAUGUAUCGGGCACACCAACGGUGAUACAUUUGGGGAAAAAAAAUACAGAAAAAAGGAUCUCCAGAAUAAAGCUCCUAUGGUGCAGUUGGGCCAAAGUACCGUGAACUACAACUCUCAGGAUUCAAUAGGAGAAAGGUGCAUCAGCUUCUAAUGAUUAAAUCUGUUAAAGGCAUGCAUUUAUUUACUGACGUAGGUCUGAUUACGGAUUAUAAAUGGACUUAAACUACAUGUCCCAGGAUUCCU